ACAUAAUACUGUGACUUAUCAGUAUAGUUCAAUCUUAAUUUCUUGCAAGCACAGCGGGAGUGUCCAGCUGCUGUUUGAAUAAUCUGGACUCCUUGCCUCAUGUCCUGAGCUUGUACAUCCUUUGUCCGGUACCAACACUAUGUCACGCAGGCAUGAAGUUGGCAGGCUCACAAACCGAUCGAGAGUGUUUCUGAAAGCAUUGGCUCGAUAUGUUGCUUUCCCGUUACGACUCGUACAUCGUCUGUUUCAUGCCCUUCUGCAACUAUAUUCUCGCAGGUGUCAGUUCCUACCCGUUCAAAGAGACGGGCGUGUAGAGCGAGUUACUGGCUCAUUCCAGCCCUCCCUCCUUCCGAUCCACACUCAGGCUCUUCCGACAUCAACUAAUCUGGGCCAGCAGUUGCAUCCUGCACCUUCAGUCCACUCGGUGUUCAGGCCAUUCACGCCCUCUCAGGUGAUGCGAUACAACAAAACCCCUCAAAUCAAGCGGGAGGUCAAACUUGUGAAUAUCCCCGCUGGAAAGAGAGACUAUUCAGACAAGGAAGACAGUGGUACCUGGUGUGCCUGUGUACACCCUGAAGGAGCGCUGUACUUUCAUGACACUGUUCGCGGUAUUUACACCGAUUCGGACAUGCGGGACGGAGAACGCCGAUCUAGCAUGACCUUGUGUAUCGAGAAGUUGCUCGCUCAGCUCACUCACCAGUGUGGAUUGCAGCUGUGCAGCGGUGAUAUAGAGCUUGUGGUGGAGUUGACAAGGAAACGUAACAAAGAUAAGGUAUACAGGUAUUAUCUCGUCGAUCACCCCAACCGUCUACUUUUCUGGCUCGAUGAGAUAUCUACGAAAUGGAUUUUUGAUGGAGUUCUGGGCGUUGAGAAGUGGAGCCAUAUCAAGUAUGCUAUCCAGCAUCAGUACUGGCAACACUGCGAACUGUAUCCCAGUGACAAGCUGCGAUGUGCCCAGUUGCUCAAGGAACUCAAGGAAGUCGUUGUGCAUGCUAGCGCUGAGAUUAUUACGACGGACUUGUCGCUGUCGCCCUUCGACGGCGAUGAAUUAUCGAAAAUUCUGGAUUUGAUUGAUCGAUUUGAAGACAACGUCCAGGGCGCCCAUUAUACAUGUGUCAUAGCCAGGUUUAUGCGCUAUUUCACUCGAGCUCAAUUUUUCAAUUUUUGCGGACUCCGUGAAGCCCGUUUAGACGCGGACCAGUCUCUUUUUGUCAAGGAGAAGAAGUCAAAGUUUAUGGUGGCCCUUUCGUGGGCCAUCAACGUUGCACUGUUCGAUGCUCCGCGGUCACACAUGGAAGAACUCCGACGAGUGUGGGUCGAUCGCUGCAUCAACUCUCCGCGCUGGAAGAACUUUAACACCAAGCUGAGCAGUGAAUGGUCGGGCAUCACGAUGUAUUCAACUGUAAUGAUAGCAGUGGACGUCAGUUUCCUAGCUGUACCUUCCGUGAAUUCCCAGGAUACGAGUUCGGUUACAGUUAUCACCUCGUACAUUUCCUUGUUUUGCAUCGUCGGAUCGCUGGUCGUGUCCUUGUUUCUCACUAGACAGAAUCAGUUGCAUGGGCAGGAAUUUGCCGACACAGCGGUUAUAUUCCUCACGCGGGUGACAGGAUCUGUAUUUGGCACUAAAUCUCUGGCGAUGGUGCACGGACUUCCGUAUGCCAUGCUGCUGUGGGGUAUGGUGUAUUUCGUAAUUGCGUUCUCUUACCAGGUCUUCACGUCCACGCCCAUUAUCACUCUUGCAACUACUGGGAGUGCAUGCGGCGUUGUGGCGCUUUUUACGCUGUGGCUCGUAAGCGCGGCGAGGGAUUUCCAUAUAUUACCAUUGUUCCAGGCAUGGCUUGAGGGUUUCAAAGACAAAUGUCGGAAACUCCAUCGGACACGGCCUUGAAACUGACUCGGUUGAGUUAGAUUCUGAUCAUUAACGAUUCGGAUAUGUGGCAGCUUCUAUAUCAGAUAUCCCAACAGCGCACUACGGCUACUUAUGUUGUCAGACCUUAUAAUUGCAUCUACAUUUGCACACUUCAUUGGAUCGAACAAUGCUCCAUGAUGGGGGCACUCCACAGAAAGAC